AUGUUGACCUACACAUUGACCACAUCGCGCAGGCAGUUCCGAGGGUGGAAAACUGCGAUUAGAAAAUUCAAAAUUUCAGACCUCCAUCCCUCAUCUCUCAUCGGAUCUUCUCGCACAACGACUAAAAUGGCCGGUUCCAAGGCAAGAAGCAGCUCCAAGGACUAUUCUAGCAGCACAAGCAGCAGCGCUGCCAAAAGCGCCGAGCUGGGCUCAUCGUCGGCAUCUGUCAAACAAGAAACACAAGAAUCGCUGGAUUCCACCCAAAAAGACACCGCAAACGAUGCUUCUCCGGCACCAGCAUCGUUUGUUCCUGCACGUCCCUCCGUGCUCAGCUCGAAAGACAAGGACACUCGUAGACUUGUGGUGGUUCUCUCACAAGCCUGCUUGGAGACACACAAGAUCGGAACUGGCGGGCCCGGCGGCGACAAGUAUGCACUUUUGAACUGUGACGACCAUCAGGGUUUGUUGAGGAAGAUGGGUCGUGACAUUGCUGAGGCUCGUCCAGACAUCACCCAUCAGUGUCUUCUCACACUCUUGGACCUGCCAAUUAAUAAGGAGGGCAAGUUGCAGGUUUUCAUCCAUACUGCUCGUGGUGUGCUCAUUGAGGUCAAUCCUAGUGUGCGUAUUCCUCGUACAUUCAAGAGAUUUUCGGGGUUGAUGGUUCAAUUGUUGCACCGUCUCAGUAUCCGGUCGGUCAAUUCCGAGGAGAAGCUUUUGAAGGUGAUCAAGAACCCUAUCUCGGACCAUCUACCCACGAAAUGUCGCAAGGUGACGUUGUCGUUUGACGCCGAGAUCCGCCGGGUCCAGGACUACGUCUCGACCUUGGAUGACGACGAGAGCAUCUGUGUUUUCGUGGGUGCCAUGGCUCGUGGUCAGGAUACAUUUGCCGAUGAGUUUGUGGACGAGAAAAUUGGUCUUUCAAACUACCCAUUGUCUGCAUCUGUGGCCUGUAGUAAAUUCUGCCAUGGCUGUGAAGACGUAUGGGGAAUUAUGUAA